AUGAAAGGUCCUCGGAGGAUCAUGACGGCCAUCAUUGAAAAAUUGAGAAGAAAGCGCAAGCUUUCGUCCGAGCUUCAUGCUCGAUGGGGCGACGUGUCUAUCAGCUAUCCCACCGAGGGAUCAUGGAGUCAAUGUCAGUCCUCCGGGGGAGUCCCCAACGCCUUUCCCGCAAGGCCCUCUGAGCAGAGUCGAAGACAUGGCUCGCUUGAUGCGUUGGACCGACCGGCGGGGUCGUCGCGAAUGCCCACUCCGUUACGCUCGGGCGAUCGCAAGGCCUCUGUCGACUCGGCCAUGACGAUACCCACCGGCCACUACGACGCCAAACUCCGUGGUCGAUCGAAGACCAAGACGCCCUAUCCUCAUUCCCCGCGAGCAUGGGAGGCAGAUUCCGACGAGUGCUCAGCUGACGAGGACGAAGAGGAAGACGUGCCCUCGGCCCUAGGCGACUCCCGGGGACGAUAUCAUCACCAUCACCCCCAAAGUGCUUCUCGUGUCGGGGCCCGGGACGAGGACCCCUAUGCGCGAGCAUCUAAGUCACCCCCGUUAUCGGUGACAUCUCGCAUGCGCCGCUGCAGUCUACAGAGUACGGCUACGGAGCCAACUACGAUGCCCACGACUGCCAGUUCCAAGCACUCCAGUUUCGUUUCCUCGGUACCUUCGGUACCCUCGAUGCCAUCUGAGGAACCCCGGUCCUAUCAUCCUGUGCACCAGGACAAAAAGCCACCGCAGCAACCCCAACAGCAGCCGCCGCCACGACGGACCAAACCCCGCGAGGCAGACCCAGUGAGGAGACAGGAAUUGGUGCCAUCGUACGAUGAACUCUACGGAUAG